UUAUUUAGUUAACAAUAUUAAUUUGAAAUGUUCAGAAUUGCAAUUUUUACGGUUCUAUUAGUAGCUCUUGUCGAAAGUGCUGCCGUAAAUAAUUAUGCUGAAAGUCGUAUAAUUGGUGGACGUGAAGUAAGCAUUUCCAUUCAUCCCUAUCAAGUAUCUAUACGACGUAAAUCAUGUGAAUCUUGUGCUUUUCUACAUGCCUGUGGUGGUGUUAUAUACGAUGAAAAAACAAUCUUAACUGCGGCCCAUUGUGUUUAUAAACGUCAAGAGAAUACAUUUGUUGUAAUAGCUGGCAGUGAUAAUCGUUCAGGUGCUGAUGGUUAUAUAGUGCGUCUUAAAAAAAUCGUUAUACAUGAAAAUUACAAUCCAGCUUUAAAUGAAAAUGAUAUUGCUGUAAUUAUUUUGGAUUCAUCAUUACCAUUAAAUGGCAUAACCACCAGUGCUGUAAAUUUAGCUUCUGAAGAACCAAAAACUAAUGCAAUGGCAAUUGUUAGCGGUUGGGGUGCUACCACAGAGGGUGGUUCUAAUUCAUUAAAAUUGCAAGAAGUUGAUGUGUUUAUCAUUGAUCGUGUUGCAUGUGAUGCUAGUUAUGGUUAUGAUCGUAUUACGGAUGAUAUGCUGUGUGCUGGUAGUAAAAUUGGUGGUAAAGAUGCCUGUCAAUAUGAUUCUGGUGGUCCUUUAAUAAGCAAUAACAAAUUAGUGGGUAUUGUGUCUUGGGCUAUUGGUUGUGCUAGACCAGAAUAUCCAGGGGUCUAUACAAAUGUUGCUUUUUUUAAAACUUGGAUAGAAAAUGUUGUUAAAAAUAAUUAUUUGUAAUGGAAUGGAAUAAAUUUCUAAUA